CGCGCAUCGAUGCUUCCCUCGACCCGAGGUUACGGUAAAGCCUGCUGAAGUGUACGAAUUACCCUUCUCGACUACUACUGUUGUAUAUUAGUGUACAAGAAAGGCAACGGACGCAAUGGGUGGACGGAUGGCCGUCCCUGGGAUCCCCCAGCAUCCGUCGGAGAACAUGUUGCACUGUCGAUGAGAACCGGCUUGCUUCAUGUGACAUCUUCUCAGACAGCCUUACUCGAGAUAUGCAUGUCUUCCCUGGCCCUACCCAUGAAGCAAACCGAGGAUGUACACACACAAUUGGGGAAGCCAGACCACACCAUCUCACUGGUGCGCAUGUUGCCUUUUCCUGCGCCGCCGAAAAGGUGUGCAAGAGUUCUGAAAACGCCGCAACCGGCGCCGACUCAUGACCUCAUGACCCGCCAGUCUUGUACGGCCCGCGCCUUGCAGCCGGCUUUCACCCGGCUCCGACUAGCACCUCCCGGUCUGUGGCAUCCGAUGAUGUUGUGUCUUUCCACUGCCGUAACCUACAAUAUCAAGUCUGGAGGCGACGGUCUGCAUCUGAGGAUGCCCUAGGUACUCAUGAUGUAGGAUAGUCCGGCUGAACACCAGACUGUUCGAGAGUUGUUAGAAACGUUCAUCGACUUGUGCCAAGCUCUGCCCUAUCACGCAUGGGAAACCAGAGAUGACCAGAAGGACAGCUUGACUAGGUUCUCUAGACGUGUCUUUAUCUAAGGUACAUAUGACCGAGUCUGGUAAUAGACAUGGGCUAGUCAGCACCUACACCAAAACUUGUGAUACAUGCAAAACUCAUUGUCCUCUAUUUACUUCGAUAUGCUGUCCAGCAAUUUGCCUUGAGC